CCCUUCCACCACCGCUCCUACAGUAAAUAUUUGUGUUUGCUCAACCGGCUGUAAUGGUGGACGAGUGAGAGGCAGUGGGACGGAAUACAACGGGGCAGAAUAAGAAGAAAGAGGAGGAAAAACGUUCGAGAAGUCUGCUUCAGCGCCAGCAGCCGCAGUAAAGUAGGACACGGGUGUUGUGGAAAAUGGAUGAACUAAAACACCAAGUCAUGAUUAACCAGUUCGUCCUGACGGCGGGUUGUGCGGCAGACCAAGCGAAGCAGCUUUUGCAAGCGGCACAUUGGCAGUUCGAGACUGCCCUCAGUGCCUUUUUUCAAGAAACAAAUAUUCCAUAUGGCCAUCAUCAUCAUCAAAUGAUGUGCACCCCAGCCAACACGCCAGCGACGCCUCCCAACUUCCCCGAUGCGCUGACCAUGUUCUCCCGACUGAAAGCGUCUGAGAGCUUCAACGGCGGCGGCGGCAGCCCCAUGGCCGCCACCAUGGCCACCUCACCCCCUCCCCCUCAGGUCGGUGGCUGGGGGGUCCCACCAAAUGUACCUAACGUGCCGCAGCCUCAGCAAGGACUCUGGACUCAGGGGCAGCCCCCCACACAGCCCUGCCCCACCUGGCCCAUGGGUGUGAACCCACACUCUGGCGCCGAGCAGAAGGCUAGCGUAGCCAUGGAGGCAGAGAGAUGAAGGGCCGCACAGGACUGAAAAAGGCCCCCCUCCAAGCUCAGGGAGGGAGGGGGUGAAAGUGGGGCAGAGUGGGAGGCAAUAAUGGGUAGGAAUGAGUACGGGCCUUUUUUUCUUAUCCCAAAAACACCCGAUGAGACGGGAAGGCAGGAUCUACGCAAACCAAGAAAACCUGAUCAUGGACGAUUAAAGAAGAGAACCAAUGCAAAAGUCAAUCCAGAACCCAAGAAACACACACACACACACACACACACACACACAGUAAUAAGACAGCAGCUGAGGUCUUUGUUAGUGUUUCAUGAAUAAUAACUUAGAUAAAGAGAAUUAUUAUUGAACUUAAAGUAAUUGUCACGCCCAAGGAUUCUCUGUGACGUUCAAGGCAGCAAACAUCAAUUUUUCCCUUAGUUUGACUUUUUGUUCCCCGCCUUCUGGGCCGGUUCCCUCUGAACAGCCGCUCUUCUGUGUUUCUGUGCUGCAUGAAGAAAGAGGAAGCUGCGAUGCAGCGUUGUUUCAUUUUUAUACUUUUUAAACGGACUCCGAGUCCAUCAUGUGGACGCAUGUGAGCUGGUGGUCCGUUCGUAAGCAGAAACACAAAUAUACGGUCCCUGUUGUAUAAUCACGCACACACACACAUUAGGGUUUAGAAGGAACAGCUUCAUAUUGUCAUCCCCAUCGUCAAAGGCGGGACUUUUCUUACCUCACCUGGUGGUCACCUGACUUCUUUCAGCCAAUCAGGGAUUCUUAAACCAACUGUUGCCGACAGGACAUGUUUUUAAAGUUUGUGUUUUGUUGUUUUCUUAACGGCAAUGGCCACUCUGGUUCACGCCAACGGUUUCUGUUCCGGACACCAUGUUCUAAACCCGGACUCUGACUACCGCUGUGUAGUUUUUUCUGAAGAUUUGGAUUCUUACGAGUAAAAACUAGAAGUUCCUGUUUCAUAUUGUUUAUAAUGCUGAUUUUUGUUUAGAGCUCUAGGGAAGAGACGGGGAUGUGGGGGUGGGGGCUUCACUUGCAGCUAAAAUGUCUUUGAAAUCAAACAAAUAUAAUGACUACUCCAUCUUUUUAAAUCGAAUCGACACUUGGCAUGACAUGUUCACAGCAUCUUUUGUAGCAAGCGAACGUGAGGGGUGGAUAAAAAUAGAAAAGAUGGGUCGAAGACAAAGUUGGACCGGUGGGACAGACCAUGUGUGAUUUGGGGACACUAGACUCUCAGAGAGCAGCACACCCUCAGAUAGUGUUCUGGUGGGGGUCUCCCCAGUCCUGCUGAGGGACAGAUUUAGGGGAAACCCUGAUAUAUGGCAAUAUUUGAGACACAGGUUUGGCCCUCUUUGUUCUGAGUUCUUUCAAUUAUUUUUACAUGAAUCAAAGAGUCUAAGAGGAAUAUUUUGAAUAACCGAGGGUUUUUUUUUUUGUUAAAGAACAAAAAUGAUGAUUAGAAAAUCGUGGAUAUGAGAAUAAUAUGAAAAUAACCAACAUCCUCUUUUAAGUUUUACCAUUUUUAGACUGGACUAAGGUUUGAAGUCACUCUUUAUUUCUCCACACGUCAUGACUUUAUUUGGAUAAAUCAGAGUUUCUGGGUGGGCCUGUUCCUACAUGGUUUCUCAUGUUAGUUUCCCUUGUAUGACUGUAUGAGACCAUUCCCACAAUAUUUGUGGACUACCUGAUAAUUAACUUAUCAUUUUUGUGAACCUAAAUAAAUAUUGUAUGUCAACCUA